CUACGACUCCAAAGUCCCGCCCCCGCGGAAAACCCUUGUGCGCGGCUCCUUCCUCUGGCGGUGACACCAGGAACGUCCUUCCCCGUCGUGUCGGAUGUCCACGGUGAUUAAACUACAGUCACUGUGGAGUACAAGUUCAGGAGUGAAUGAAGACAGACGGUUCAUCAGCAGGCCCUGAGCUGGCUGGUCCCAGAGCGGAGAGAAAAACCUUGUUGCGGGUGAAUGUGAGGGAGCUUCGGAGAACCCUGGCCUGAAGGCAUUUCAAUUUCUCUGAGAUGUCAGUCAGACAAGCAGAAGGGAUGUCCCUCGCCCAGGCUUUGGCCAUGACCGUGGCGGAGAUACCAGUCUUUCUCUAUUCCACAUUUGGUCAGUCCAUAUUUUCUCAGCUAAAACUUACACCAAACUUGAAGAAGGUGCUCUUUGCCACAGCACUAGGCAGUGUUGCUCUGGCUCUCACUGCUCAUCAACUCAAGAGGCGAGGCAGAAAAAGGAAGCAAGGAACACAACGGAAGGAGGGCCAGAAGACAGUGGGAAUACCUGAAGCACUGAUGAAGACAGGGAGACCCUCUUCAUUAAAGAGAGGUCCGUUUACCAGUCGUCAAAUGAUGAGUCCGAGCACCAGGAGCAAUGACACCAUGAGUGGAAUUUCUUCCCUGGCUCCCAGUAAACACUCGAGUUCCUCACACAGCCUUGCAUCAAUGCGGGUCCCAAGCUCCCCAAAUCCGUCUGCCAAUCCAUCCACACCCUGGGAGGCAGAACCUGUGGCAGAAGAGACAGUGGCACUAGAGGAUGCGAAUGCAGAGAAUCUAUAUUUAAUUGGAAUGGAGCUUUUUGAGGAAGCUCUGAGAAAGUGGGAACAAGCCCUGAAUAUUCGCCAUCACACCGACUCAACCUCCAGCAACAAUAGCCUCGCUCUGCAGGGGGCAGCGUGUGGAGACUUUCCCAUGGCUGAAGCCCGUAAUAAAGUGUUUGCUGACAAGUUAGAGACUCUACUGCACAAGGCGUACCACCUACAGGAGGAUUUUGGCAGCAGUAUCCCUACAGACAGCGUGCUGGCAGACUUUGAGAGUGAAGGAACUCUUAUCUUGCAUCAAGUAGAGAAUUUCCGAAGACUGCAAGAUGAUGAUGCCACUACUGUUACCUCCGAGGACUCCUUCUUCUCAGCCGCAGAGCUCUUUGAUGCCAUGUCUCUGGAAGAGGUCUACCAGCCUCUGAAGCCCUCAGCUCUCUAUGAAGAAGCCUUGUCUCUGGUGCGAGAGGGAAAGGUGUCAUAUAGGUCCCUGAGGACUGAAUUACUUGAAUGUUAUGGUGAUCAAGAUUUCCUUGCCAAACUUCACUGUGUGAGACAAGCAUUCCAGGUGCUGUUGUUGGAUGAAACUCAUCGCACAUUUUUUAUGGAGACAGGGAAGCAGAUGAUUACAGGGUUAAUGGUGAAGGCAAAAAAGAGUCCUAAAGGCUUCCUAGAGAGCUACGACGACAUGCUGCUUUACACCCAGAGAGAAGAAACAUGGGCAACCACGAAGAUGGAGCUAGAAGGCCGAGGAGCUCUGGCGACUGCUUGCUGGUCUGUCCUAAAAGCGAAAAGGCGUCUGCUCAUGGUUCCUGAUGGUUUUAUCUCUCACUUCUAUGCCAUAUCAGAACAUGUGAGCCCAGUUUUAGCCUAUGGGUUUUUGGGACCCAGGCAGCACCUCAGUGAAGUGUGCACUAUCUUCAAGCAACAAAUCGUGCAGUACCUAAAGGAUAUGUUUGACCAUGACAAGGUCCGCUUCACCUCCGCUAACUGCUUGGCCGAGGACAUCCUGAGCCUUUCCCACCGCCGCAGCGAGAUUUUACUGGGGUAUCUGGGGAUCGACAGCCUUCAGGAGCUCAACGGUGCCCUGCCCAGGGACACAGAGAGCUCUUAAGGGCCUAACUACAACACUGAGGACUUCAUGGGGCUUGUGCAGGCCAAACGCAGUGGGCUCACCAGUACGAUACAUCACAGAGCCGCAGCUCAGCACUUGAUCUGCACUAAGACUGGAUUAAAUCAUACUCCUGUGACAAACUGGGAGCCAGAGUUAAUUAUUCAUUCAUCAUCAAACAUUGACAGAGGAUAUAUUUUCACUAGUAUCACUGGUUCUAAUGAGGGAAACUGGAUCAUACGACUCCACCUCUCCCUUGUUAUCAGCUGCUGUGCUGCGUAAACGGAGAAUGCCUUCAUGUAAUCUCAGACCUGUGAGGAUGUGUCUCUUACUUGUUGGAUGACCAGUCUACUUAAAAACACACGAAACGGAAGCAUGGGGAACACAUGAAAACUUGCCCUUCCACGUUAUUCUUUCACAUGGAGCGUCUUCAGAUAACUAGUGGUUGCACUGUAACCUUCUAUAUUCGUCUGACGUGUGAAAACACAUGGAAUAUCAUCGUCUUCAUUGUUACAUGAAAAGAAGUCUGUUGACAUGUUUGGUUUUAUAUUAAAGGGGCAAAGGUAUUUAUAUAGGUUAAGUCCAUGAUAAUCCCUGAUGGAUUUGUGGUGUUUAACAAAGGAUGUAAUGAAUUUAUCUCCUCACUGGCGCUACUUUAAUUCUCUUUAAUUUAAAGAAGUAUUUAUUCCAGUUUGAUUUGGUCAAGCAGGCUAAGAUAAUACAUAUCAGAGUGAGUGUAGUAAGUAGUGUUGUGUAAUGAAAAUGAAAUGAGGUCAUCCUGAAGCUAUAUGCAGACACUAGACCAUUUCUCCUAUAGUCAUUUAGCAGUGAUCCAUCAAGAUGCAAUUUAUACUUCCUCCAAAUCAUAGUAAUCCCACAGACUUUAUCUGGCAAUGAAUCCUAUGUAUAUUGUAAACCUUUUAAGUGGCACAAAUGAACUGCAAAUAGCUGAAAAAUAUGUUUAAAUACUCUCACAGGAUUGGUGUGGAUUUGUAAAAAGUACCUUAAAUACAGCAUUAGUGAUGCAAUAAUUCUUAGAGUUAAUUAGUUACUUUCUCUAAUACGGUGAGGUUAGCAGCCUUGGCAGAGCCCUCCUGUAGUUUAUUAAUUGGUUGUGCCAUGUGAAUCGCUUCCAAAUAUUUGGGCCUUCCUGCAAAAGUAUCCAAACCCAGGUUAUAUGAACAUAUACACCUCUGUUCUCAGCGUAAAGUUGAAACAGUAGUACAUCCUGAGUAUGGUUGUUUUUCAACCAUAAAGGUGUAUUUGUUAUUCAUGAGUAUAUGAUGAGUGGAUGAGGAUAAAAGUUUUUUCACAGCAGACAUUAGUCAGCAUCAUAACAGGAAAAGCACCAGUGUUUGUAACAACAUCAACAAGGGCUCUGCUUUAUUCAAGUUUCUCAGUAAACCAUGACGGCAGUGGUGGGACAUGAGUGAGAUUUGGGGUUUUGCUGAUUAAACUAUUGAACAGUGUUUAUACAAGUUAGACAAAUGUCUUCUGUGAAAAAGGUCAAUGCUCAUGGCUGUAACAAAGUGAACACAGCGAUUCCCAUCGAACACUUUUAGAGACUGAAAAAUAAAACUCUGCCUCAAGUGUGAUAUGUUAUCAAAAACACAGACAUUUUCCUUUUUAUCAAAUCCUUAAACUGUGUUGUUUGCUGUCUUCCCUUUUAAAAGACAUGACCGGUAACAGCACCAGUAUGAGUCUAAGGUUGUUUUGUUUCUGAUCUCAUGAAGACUUUUACUGAAGAAGCGGGCAUUGUACAGUCUGACUGUUACCUACUUAAGUGCACUGAUCUUGUUUUUCACAAUAACUGAGCUUGUCGGAGCACAGAGACUGAAGGGACGCGAAGAUGCCAAGUGAAAUGGAGCUUUAUGCAGAUUGACGCUCAUUUUUGUUCAAGAAAACUGUCAAAAACUGAAUUAAUCUUGAUGAAAUGUGAUUCUUCAUGACAAUGGAAACUCAGUGUCUAUGCGGUUGUCUGCAACAUUUCUGUCUUGUUCUGCAAUUCAUAGACAAAUGGUUUGUCAUACAAAUUAAGAGACACAGGCUCUUUGUUAUGCAUUAAUCAUUUAAGUGUGUUUUGAGCUCUUGAUAAUCCAAAUGCUCUUGUUGCAAUAUGCCUCUGAAUGUCAGAGCUCAUAAGUCUUUAUUUUUAUUUUUUCCAGAAUCAGCAUAGAAGGGAUUAUUUCUCAUGAUUAUUUCUGUUUCAGUCAAACAUGAACUUCCAGCUGGAGAUGAAGCCUUUCCAGAAAAAGAUUUAGUUCUAUGUUUCGGUAGAUAUGCAGCUUUGUGUUUUGAAGCAUUUUGCA